CAGCUGUCUGAUGGCUUUCCGAAACGCACGAAAACAAGGACCCUACAGAGAGUAUCUUCGAGAUGCAAGCAAAAUACCUUGUUUGAUGAAGCGGCGGACCCAAUGCCUUAUCGCUGACGAAUCGGAAAGUAGGCCUAGUGUUGAAGCAGAGGCUUAUAUCACAACUGUGGAAGAUGACCUAACAGCAAAUGAUGAAUGUAGGGAGGGUUUACAGUCUGAUGCUUCGAACUUUGCUGUUGACGGUGUGAUCGAUGAGGACAACAAGGAAGGCUGCCAGUCUGAUGGUUACAGCAUAUAACUUUUGAUAAUGACAUCAAUGAAGAUAGCGUAGGCAGUGAUGGAAACAGUCAAAUAUUAGAUCAAAGUACAGAGAGCUAGACUCACAUCCUAUUUCAGUGUGAUGAUAAAUAUGAGGAAGGGACUGCAUAUGACAGGCUAGACACUGGCACUGGUUCAUUUUCAUGUGAUGAACCCAGUGUUGCUGGUGACGAGGAUCUCUUGUUUCCUGGUUGUCCUCUAACAAAAAGGAGCAGCUCAUUUUUAAUAAUGUUGUUUAUUUUGCAGCAUAAAUUGUCUGCUCAAGCUUGUAAAGACCUAAUGCAGCUUAUUUCGGCUCACUUUCCAUUAGGUCACCAUGCUAUGACCUCGUUGUACUGCCUGAAAUCAUAUCUUAAUAAAACCUGUGCUCCUGUGAAACCAAUGAAAGCAUUUGUAUGUCCCAGCUGCGAAGAUUUAAUUGCAAACAGUGCAGACUAAUGUAGCAGGGAGCAAUGUCAAGAAGCAACUGUAAAACCAUAUGAAUUUUUGUUUUUUUUAUGUGAAAAAUGCACUGUCUCGACUGUUUAAAGACAGUGAAUUUUGUUUCUGCUAGUUUUGAGAAAAGAAAUAAUGCUGAUAUGUCUGAUAUAACAAGCGGCAAAAGAUACAGGAAUAUGACUACCGAAUUAUUAUGGAAAUGGAUUAUCACACUGACUUUGAACACGGAUGGUGUAUCUGUUUUUAGAACUUCACGAACUGGGUCUCUUUGGCCUGUGUAUCUUACAAUUAAUGAGCUUCCUCCUGAAUGCAGAUUUUCACUCAAGUAUGCCAUUGUCUGUGCUCUUUGGCUUCAUCCAUCGAAACCGCCUAGACAAGCAUUUCUACAACUUCUAAUGAGUCAGCUGAAGGAACUGUCCACAAAUGGAGAAACUUUCAAGACAGCUGAAGGAUUGCAGCACUGCAAAGUUAUUCUGAUUUUCAUUACUUGUGAUUUACCAGCCAGAGCAAUGAUCCUUUGCAUGAAGCAGCACAAUGGACAGUAUGCCUGUCCUUAUUGUUAUAAUCCAGGCGUUACUAUUGGCAGUGAUCACCUUCAUCAAUAUUGGCCAAUUAAACACGAUGCUAUUGCCAGAACCCAUGCUAGUGUUGUUAGUGAUGUGACGGAGGCAGUAGAUCUACGACAUCCAGUCAAGGGAAUGCUGAAUGUAGUAUCUCCACUCUUAGCAUUACCGGGAUUUGACAUAGUAGAUGGAACAGCUAUUGACUGGAUGCACGUAGUUUACUUGGGUAUUACUCGAUCACUGCUUGACAGGUGGCCGACUUUUUCCGAUGAAAUCUACUCUAUUGGUGAUAAGGUAACUUUUCUCGAUAAGCGUCUCCUUUCAAUUAAAGCACCUGACCACUUUAGUCGAAUUCCACAUACGCUGAAAGAGUUUUCCACAUGGAAGGGUAGUGAAAAUAGAUCAUGGCUGUUUUUCUGGUCUCUUCCAGUGCUUAGAGGAAUUCUGCCAAGAGAGCACUAUAUCCAUUACAGCAUACUUGUUGUUGGAUGUCGUCUCCUUUGUGGAAUGAAGAUAUCUUCCAAUGAUAUUGAUAGAGCACGACAACUUUUGCUGAAGUUUUAUGAAAGGCAUGAACUGCUUUAUGCUGCUCUUACUGGUAGCACACCUGCCACGUUUUGUCAUUAG